CAGAGGCUGAAACCCUAGGAGUAAGAGAGAGAGCAAGGCUAACUCUGAAAUUCAAUCUAUUUGCCUGCCCUUAACCAGCUCUCCUGCUCUGCUUUGUUGCUUCAGCCAUGGCCACUGCUAAAACUGUCAAGGACGUCUCUCCCCAUGAGUUUGUCAAGGCCUACUCCGCCCAUCUCAAGCGAUCUGGCAAGAUGGAGCUUCCUCACUGGACAGAUAUUGUGAAGACAGCUCAGUACAAGGAAUUGGCUCCCUAUGAUCCUGACUGGUACUAUGUCAGAGCUGCCUCCAUGGCAAGGAAAAUCUACUUGAGGGGAGGUCUAGGUGUGGGUGCCUUCCGUAGAAUUUAUGGUGGUAGCAAGAGGAAUGGAAGUCGUCCCCCACAUUUCUGUAAAAGCAGUGGUGCUGUUGCUCGUCACAUUCUUCAGCAGUUGCAAAACAUGAACAUUAUUGAGAUUGACACCAAGGGUGGAAGGAGGAUAACAUCCAGUGGCCAAAGAGAUCUUGACCAAGUUGCUGGUAGGAUUGUGGUUGCUCCUUGAAUUAGUGGAAGAUUAAGCUGUGUGAUUCAGCAGACAGCACAGAUUUGAUAUUUUGCAGACUUAUGUUAGUUAAUGGAAGAGAUUUUGCUAAAUGUUAAACAAGUUUUGAUUCCAACCGUGGACAUUUGAGAAUGAACCUGAUGUGUGUUUGUUGCUUUUAAUUUACCUUUUUAUCUGUA